GCAGACAGUCGGCGGAAGACAGGGGGAGGAGAAGCGGCUUUUGGCUCCCGUUAGCGGCGUCUCGUUUCACCAGGAAGGCGUCUUCGAGCGGGACGGAGCGGCUGCAAUCGCGCGCGCAGAAAGAGGAACCGUGCUCACCCACAGUGCCUGCAGCUGAGAGCCAGCCACCAUGACGGACGCCAACAAGUUCCUGUACGGCGACCGCGGCGGCGUGAGCGACCCUCUGGCCCAGGCCGACUGGGCCUCCAAGAAGCUGGUGUGGGUCCCGUCGGAGAAGGCGGGCUUCGAGGCCGGCUCCGUGAAGGAGGAGCGCGGGGACGAGUGUGUGGUGGAGCUGACGGACUCGGGCAAGAAGGUGAAGGUGAACAAGGAUGACAUCCAGAAGAUGAACCCGCCCAAGUUCAACAAGGUGGAGGACAUGGCGGAGCUCACCUGCCUGAACGAGGCCUCGGUGCUGCACAACCUGAAGGAGAGAUACUACUCGGGCCUCAUCUACACCUACUCCGGCCUCUUCUGCGUGGUGGUCAACCCCUACAAGUACCUGCCCAUCUACACGGAGGACAUAGUGAACAUGUACCGGGGCAAGAAGAGGCACGAGAUGCCGCCCCACAUCUACGCCAUCACAGACACGGCGUACAGGUGCAUGAUGCAGGACCGUGAGGACCAGUCCAUCCUCUGCACUGGGGAAUCGGGAGCAGGAAAAACGGAAAACACAAAGAAAGUCAUUCAGUAUCUCGCUCAUGUGGCGUCGUCUUUCAAAUCCAAGAAGGAUCAGGGCACGGCAGUGUUGUCACAUGGGGAACUGGAGAAACAGCUGCUGCAAGCAAACCCCAUCCUGGAGGCCUUUGGCAACGCAAAAACCGUCAAGAACGACAACUCGUCCCGAUUUGGAAAAUUCAUCCGGAUCAACUUUGAUGUCAAUGGCUACAUUGUUGGAGCCAACAUCGAAACCUACCUGCUGGAAAAGUCUCGAGCCAUCAGACAAGCCAAAGAGGAGAGAACCUUCCACAUGUUCUACUACAUGCUCUCAGGAGCAGGGGAGAAGCUGCGCGCGGAGUUGUGCCUGGAGGAUUACAGCAAGUACCGUUUCCUGUCCAAUGGAAACGUGACCAUUCCUGGCCAGAAGGACAAAGACCUGUACACGGAGACUAUGGAAGCCUUUGACAUCAUGAGCAUCCCAGAAGAGGAGUCAACCGGUUUGCUGAAGGUGGUGUCGGCCGUGCUGCAGCUGGGCAACAUGAGCUUCAAGAAGGAGCGGAACACCGACCAGGCUUCUCUGCCCGAUAACACCGCUGCCCAGAAAGUGUGUCACCUGCUCGGCAUCAAUGUGACCGACUUCACACGAGCCAUCCUGUCUCCCAGGAUCAAGGUUGGCAGAGACUAUGUCCAGAAGGCCCAGACCCAGGAGCAGGCAGAGUUUGCCAUCGAGGCUCUGGCCAAAGCUUCAUACGAGAGGAUGUUCCGCUGGCUGGUGCUGAGGAUCAAUAAAGCUCUGGACAAGACAAAGCGGCAGGGAGCCUCCUUCAUUGGCAUCUUGGACAUCGCUGGAUUUGAGAUCUUUGAGUUGAAUUCAUUUGAGCAGCUGUGCAUCAACUACACCAACGAGAAGCUGCAGCAGCUCUUCAACCACACCAUGUUCAUCCUGGAGCAGGAGGAGUACCAGAGGGAGGGCAUCGAGUGGAGCUUCAUCGACUUCGGCCUCGACCUGCAGCCCUGCGUGGACCUCAUUGAAAAACCUGCCGGUCCACCGGGCAUCCUGGCUCUGCUGGAUGAGGAGUGCUGGUUCCCCAAAGCCACAGACAAGAGCUUUGUGGAGAAGGUGGUUCAGGAGCAGGGAACACACCCCAAGUUCCAGAAACCGAAGAAGCUGAAGGACGACGCAGAUUUCUGCAUUAUCCACUACGCUGGAAAGGUGGACUACAAAGCAGAUGAGUGGCUGAUGAAAAACAUGGACCCUUUGAACGAGUGUGUCGCCAGUUUGCUGAACCAGUCUACAGACAAAUUUACAGCUGAACUGUGGAGAGACAUGGACCGUAUCGUGGGCCUGGAUAAAGUGGCAGGAAUGGCAGACAGCGCACACGGGGCGUUCAAGACCCGAAAGGGUAUGUUCCGCACGGUGGGUCAGCUGUACAAGGAGCAGCUGGGUAACCUCAUGACGACACUGAGGAACACCAACCCCAACUUCGUCCGCUGCAUCAUCCCCAACCACGAAAAGAAGGCCGGUAAACUGGAUGCUCACCUGGUUCUGGAGCAGCUCAAGUGUAAUGGGGUCCUUGAGGGGAUUCGCAUCUGCAGACAGGGCUUUCCCAACCGCAUCAUCUUCCAGGAGUUCAGACAGAGGUACGAAAUCCUCACUCCAAACGCUAUUCCAAAGGGUUUCAUGGAUGGGAAGCAGGCGUGUGUGCUCAUGAUCAAAGCUCUGGAGCUGGACCCCAACCUGUACCGCAUCGGUCAAAGUAAAGUGUUCUUCCGGGCCGGAGUUCUGGCCCAUUUGGAGGAGGAGCGGGACAUGAAGAUCACGGAUGUGAUUAUCAACUUCCAGGCCUUGUGCAGAGGAUACGUGGCUCGCAAAGCCUUCACUAAAAGGCAACAGCAGCUCACAGCCAUGAAAGUCAUCCAGAGGAACUGUGCAGCCUAUCUCAAACUGCGAAACUGGCACUGGUGGCGGCUUUUCACCAAGGUGAAACCGCUGCUUGAAGUGACCCGGCAGGACAAAGACAUGGAGAUCCUGGAGGACGAGCUGGGGAAACUGAAGGACCAACACCAGCAGGCCGAGGAGCAGCUCAAAGAAUUUGAAACUAAACAUAAACAGCUCAACAGUGAGAAACUAGCUCUUCAAGAGCAGCUCCAAGCAGAGAUUGAGCUGUGUGCAGAAGCUGAGGAGGAGAGAGCCCGUCUGGCAACCAAGAAGCAGGAGCUGGAGGACAUUCUCCACGACCUGGAGUCUCGACUGGAAGAGGAGGAGGACCGCGUGGCCCAGAUGCACAACGAGAGGAAAAAGAUGCAGCAGAACAUCACCGAACUGGAACAGCAGCUGGAUGAAGAGGAAGCCGCCCGGCAGAAGCUUCAGAUGGAGAAGGUCACCAUGGAUGUCAAGCUGAAGAAGCUAGAGGAGAACACCAUGGUGCUGGAGGACCAGAACAGCAAGCUCAUCAAGGAGAAAAAACUUCUGGAGGACAGAAUCUCAGAGUUCACUACAAACCUGACUGAGGAGGAGGAGAAGUCCAAAAGUUUGCAGAAACUGAAGAAUAAACACGAAACUAUGAUCACAGAAUUGGAAGAUCGUCUAAGAAAAGAGGAGAAGGUGCGUCAGGAGCUGGAGAAAAACCGCCGUAAACUUGAGGGCGACUCCACCGAGCUCCACGACCAGAUCGCAGACCUGCUGGCACAGAUUGCUGAACUCAAAGCUCAGCUGGCCAGGAAAGAGGAGGAACUCCUUGCUGCACUGUCCAGGAUCGAGGAAGAGGCUGCAGCCAAGAAUGCAGCUCAGAAGAAGAUCAGGGAGCUGGAGGCUCACAUCUCUGAGCUGCAGGAGGACCUGGAACUGGAGAAGCAGGCGCGCAACAAGGCAGACAAAGUCCGGAGAGACCAGAUGGAGGAACUGGAAGCCCUCAAGACUGAGCUGGAGGACAGUAUGGGCUCCACUGCAGCACAGCAGGAGCUGAGGACGAAGCGCGAAACGGAAGUCACCCAGUUAAAGAAAACACUGGAGGAUGAGGCCAAGUUCCACGAUCAGCAGCUGGCCGACAUGAGACAAAAACACAACCAGGCGUUUGAGGAGCUCAACGAACAGCUGGAACAGGCCAAGAAGAACAAGGUGUCUGUGGAGAAAGCCAAGCAGUCCCUGGAGAGUGAGAUGAAAGACCUGCAGAUGGAACUGAAGACUCUGACGCAAGGCAAAGGAGAAUCGGAGAAUCGGCGCAAGAAGGCGGAAGCUCAGCUUCAGGAGCUGCAGGUCAAACACGGAGAAAGCGAAAGGCAGAGGCAGGAGCUGUCCGACAGGCUGGUGAAGAUGCAGUCGGAGUUGGACAACGUCAACGGCCUCCUCAGUCAAGCAGAAGGCAAGAACAUCAAAAGCAGCAAAGACCUGUCGUCCUUCGAGUCUCAGCUGCAGGAUACGCAGGGUUUGCUCCAAGAGGAAACGCGUCAGAAGCUCGCCCUCUCCACUCGGCUGAAACAGCUGGAGGACGAGAAGGCUGCUCUGCAGGAGGCGCUCGAGGAGGAGGAGGAGGGCAAGAAGAACCUGGAGAAGCAGAUCUCAGCCCUGCAGGCCCAGCUGGCAGAGCUGAAGAAGAAGCUGGAGCAGGAGAGCUCGUCUCUGGAGGGCGCGGAGGAGGGCCGCCGGCGGAUGCAGCAGAAGAUGGACAACGUGGCCCAGCAGCUGGAGGAGAGGAACGCGGCCUACGACAAGCUGGACAAGACAAAGACCCGUUUACAGCAGGAGCUGGAUGACCUGCUGGUGGACCAGGAUCACCUGAGGCAGAACAUCUCCAACCUGGAGAAGAAGCAGAGGAAGUUUGACCAGAUGCUGGCUGAGGAGAAGUCCAUAUCUACUCAGUACGCUGAGGCGCGUGACAAGGCCGAGGCUGAGGUCAGGGAGAAGGAAACCAGAGCGCUGACACUGGCCCGUGAGCUGGAGACCAUGACCGACCUGAAGAACGAGUUGGACCGAGCCAAUAAGCAGCUUAAAGCGGAGAUGGAGGAUUUGCUCUCCACAACUUGCACGUCAAAUCUGAAUGUUCACGAGCUGGAGAAGUCAAAGCGUGCCAUUGAGCAGCAGCUGGAGGAGAUGAAGGUUCAGCUGGAGGAGGUGGAGGAUGAGCUGCAGGCCACGGAGGACGCCAAGCUGCGUCUGGAGGUCAACAUGCAGGCCAUGAAGGCUCAGUUUGAGAGAGACCUGCAGGGCAGAGACGAGCAGGGAGAAGAAAAGAGGAAACAGCUGGUGAAACAGGUGCGCGAGAUGGAGGCUGAGCUGGAAGACGAGCGUAGGCAGCGUGCUCAGGCGCUCUCAUCCCGAAAGAAACUGGAAACGGACCUGGUGCAGCUUGAAGCCCAAAUUGAUGCUGCCAACAAGGGUCGUGAUGAGGCCCUCAAACAGCUGAGAAAACUCCAGGGCCAAAUGAAAGACUACAUGAAAGAGAUGGACGACCUGCGUUUGUCUAGAGACGAAGCUGUCAACACGUCAAAGGAGACGGAGAAGAAGCUCAAGGCCCUGGAGGCAGAUACCAUGCACCUCCACGAGGAUCUGGCAAAUGCAGAAAGACUCAAGAGGCAGAUCCAGAGUGAGAGAGAUGAGCUCAUGGAUGAGAUCAACAGCAGCAACAGCAAAAAUUCUCUGCUGGCUGAAGACAAACGGAAGCUGGACGCUCGCAUCACUCAGCUGGAGGAAGAGUUCGAAGAGCAGCAUCUUAGCAUUGAUAUGGUCAAUGACCGCCUGAAGAAAAGCAUAUUACAGAACGAGCAGCUGACCACGGAGCUCGCUGCGGAGCGCAACAACUCCCAGCGGCUGGAGGGGGCGCGCUCCCAGCUGGACCGCCAGAACAAGGAGCUCAAGCUGAAGCUGCAGGAGCUCGAAGGAACCAUCAAGUCCAAGUAUAAACUAUCCGUCACCACCCUGGAGGCCAAGAUCGCCCAGCUGGAAGAACAGCUGGACAUGGAGUCAAAGGAGCGUCAGCAGACGUCGAAGGUGGCCAGGCGGGCGGAGAAAAAGCUGAAAGAGGUGAUGCUGCAGGUGGAGGAUGAGAGGCGAAACACGGACCAAUACAAACUUCAGGAAGAGAAAUGGAAUGUCAAGAUGCGUCAGUUGAAGCGUCAGCUGGAGGAAGCCGAAGAGGAGCUGACACAAGCAAAUGGCAAAUACAGGAAGCUGCAGAGGGAGCUGGACGAUGUGACCGAGUCAGCAGCCGUCAUGAACCGUGAGGUCAACACUCUGAAGAGCAAGCUCAGACGUGGAGAUUUGCCUCUGAACGUGCGGCGUACAGCGAAGCACUUUGGCCUGGACAGCGAUGAGGAUGGGGAAGGGAGGCUUGAGACCUCGGAGCAUGCUGCUGAGUGAGCAGAGGAGCGCCAUGAUGGAAAAUAGCCACAUUAUGAUGCAGGUGUAGUGGAACCUUAGCCGUGCACGCUGUUAGGCUUUUUGAGCAUUUAGCCUUGUAUUUCCUUUUCAUAGCCUUAUUGUCACUGUUACUAAGCAUUUAUUGGCCAAAGUAUGAACAAUGUUUUUCUACAGAAGCUUCAGACUUUAGAAUACUUUUUCCCACUUGAUAGGAUGAUACAGUUUUGAUCUUUCUAUAAAUCCAUUACAAUCAUUUUAUUUGUGCUUGAAGUUUACGUGCUGUUAGUUCAAUAUUUUCGGGGGGAAACACUGGUCAUUUUGCUUGUUUUGCACACAAAUGGGUCUAGUUGGGAUUUUCCAUGCAGUUACAAACUAGUUUUCAUUUGCUUUGGUCAGUAUAAAUGGUCACUGGUUGUCUUGUCACUGCAUAAUUCUCUUUUGGUAUUACCUCAACCAAAAUGACACGAUGCCAACACAGCUGGAUAGAAACCAAAAAUGUUCUGAGGUAUCGUUACUGUUGUGAUGAAACCUGUUUUAUAGUCACUUGAUGUAUCACUUCCCACUGAUUAUGUCCUUACUGGUGGUGGGUCGUCUAUGUUUAGAGUAAUGCUUUGCACAGCUACGUCUCUGUCAGCACACUGGCCUCUGUGUUGCAUCUUGCAUAUUUUACAGUCAAAUAUGAUGGACGUAUUAUCAAAAUAAAUGACAUUGCCAAUAUUCUACGCUAUUCUACAUUUUAUUAAAUGCCUUAAUGCAAUAAAAAUUAAAUAAAAUUAGUCUGCUUUAA